UGAGAAGUUUAAAAGCUAGCUAGACUAUUUCGAAAGGAAAUUUUUGACAACUGGAACACUCAAUUAUUACCGGUAAUCAAAAUAUUGCAAAAGGGAACACUUUGAUUUUUCCGAUUGGAAUAUUUCGAAAAGUGCAGAAUGACAUCACAGGUGACCGACCCCGUUGAAGAACUUGUCUUUUUACGGCAAAUGGUCCAGAGAUUGAACUCUGCUCUUGCAAAACACCAAGGAACAGACCAUAGCCUGUUAGAUGCAGAAGCGUCCAUUGACCCUCCGGCACCUUGGCUGACGAACCCACAACAUUUGGCUCCGUUACUGAACGAAUAUGACACUCAUCUAACACAUCUCGUGUCCCAAGUUACGAAGAUAAAAGAUGAAAACCAUGAAAGGAAAUUGCGAUUGCAGUCUGUCUCCGAAGAAAAUCAACGUCUUCAUGCAGAAUUGCAGGAAAUUGUUCAACAACAAAUGAAAGAAGCUGAUUAUACAGAUCACCCACAAGGCCAAGGUAAUGAAAUGCUUGAGAACCUUCAACGACAGAUAGAAUUGGCGAGUGCUGAGAAAGAGGACGCUGUGAGAAUGUGUCGCGAUACAAUGCAACAGCUAGACAAACUCCGACACCAACGACAAACAGAGUCGGCAUCAGUGAAAUCUCGUUUGCAAUCUUACGAUGACACAAGGAAACUCAACGAGCAACUUCAGGAUGCAAACCUUAAUUUGCAGAUGUCAUUGGAUACGAUCAGGAAUGAGAAUCAGGCUCUAACAGGUGCACUACAUCAGCAGGAGAACGACCUUCAAGAAACUCGAGAAAAUCUCAAGGUCACAAAGACGGAAUUUCACAAAAACAAGGUCGAAUUAGGAGAAAAGAAUCAACUAAUCGAAACUUUGACUGUUCAGCUCGAAGCUCUGCAAAACGACAACGGAGAAAAACAUCGACGACAACUCGCAACUCAGAACGUCACAGAAAAGCUUCAACAAGAAUUAACCGAUGCAGAAGGGAAACUUGCUCAAGCAUUGCAGGAUCGGACAAACGCUGUCUCGGAAAUUGAUUCGCUGAAAAUCGAAAUCGUUGCGUUAGAAAAAAUGAACAAAGAAAUGGAACAGAAAGAACUAAAUAACUUAGAACAGAUUCGCGAGCACACUCAGAUGGUCGAGAAUGCGUUACUAGCGCGCGACAGUGCGAUGGAGCGGGAGAGAAAUAAGCAAGAGGAAGUGGACCGUAUCCGUGUUGCUAUGGAAACCCUGGUUGAGGAAGCAGCAGAAAGGGUUAAGAAUGAGGUCAACAGGGUCAAGGGUCAAUACAACAGUAAUAUUCAACGACUAAUGGAGGAAAUGCAGUCCACAGAGCUUGAGAAUCACAACCUACGCAGCGAUGCUGAUCGUUCGAAACGAGCGAAACGCGCAGUGGAAGAAGAGUUCGAUAAAUAUCAACAACAACAACGAGAAAAUUUCAGCAACCGCAAAUGGGAGGAUAUUCAUGCCAGGAUGCUGAUUGCUGAGAGAGCGAAAGAUGAUGCUUUAGUCACUGUGCAGUCUCUUGAAGAUAAAAUCAAGCGAAUAAAGAUUGAACGCGAGAAUGACACAAUAUCGUGGGUUUCGAAACAUGAAUCACUGGAGCGGAACGUAAAGCAACUCAAGCGUGACCUGGAUGAGUCUCAACACCAGAGAAUGUUGCUAAUGGAAACGAUAAAUAGAUACAAGAAUGAAGCUCAGAAAUUCGAGACCACAGCAAAUGAAGUGAAACUAGAGUGCAGUAGAGAGACAGCGCAGAUCAAAUCGCAAGCGGAACGAGAGAGAAAACAAUUGAAAACCAGAGUUCGAAGUUUAGAAGAUUCAAAUCGAAACGGGAUUCAGCAUUUACAUAAGAUGCUUGCAGAUCAACAGAGAAUGACGGCCAAAUGGAAAGAAGAAUAUCAGAGCAUUUCAGGAAAAUAUGAAUCAAAAAUCUCAGAACUUCAGAAUCAACUCAGUAGAACAAAGAAAAGAUGCACAGAGAUGACUAAUAAACUACAGCAAAUGAAAAACCAACACACAGAAAUCUCGAGUCAAGUUCCAGAUCUGAGUGAAACAAAUCGAAAGCUACGAGCUCGGUUACACGAAACAGAAUACCGUUUGAUAUCGGCGACGGAAAGACUUGGCGAAAUGCAGGGACGAAAGACUGCGCUGACUUUAAAGGAUUUAGAAUCGUAGAAUUUAUUUAUGAAAUUUUGACUUGCUCUUGACAAGAGCUGGGCAUAUUACGGCCUGCGGGCCGGAUCCGGGUCAUCGAAGUGUCUUAUCUGGCCCAUUUGUGCCCGCUGAAAUUACGAUUUAAAUUUCUGGAUAUAAAUUUUCGUUGAAAUUACCUCACAAUGUUACAUUCUGCUUCCUAUUAUUAUAUAAACGUUAGCUUAGCUUUUGGAAUAGCUGUUUUUUUUUUCAUAGUUUUUCAUAUAGAGGUUUGAGCAGUAACCAAGUCUAUUAUCUGUAUCUGGAACUCAUAAAAGUAAUUUUCCACCAUCUUGGAAUUGGGUAUGUUUAGGUAACAGCUGAAUGGGUCCCAGUCUCUGAAAUCUUACCAAAUCUUUUAUUUAUAAAUCUUUUUUUUCAAACAACUCCCAAGUGGCUGGGCCAGAAGGGUAAUGCAGAGGUAGAAAUGCUGUUUAAAAAAAAACAAUAAAUUAUUUUAUCUCCCUGAGUGAUUCAAGAGUCUUGCUGUGCACUAACACAAAUAUAUUGCUGUAACGUAGGGCUACUCAACUGGCGGACCGUGGUCCGAAUUCGAGUAUGCGAUUCGGAUCGCGCCUAAUUCUUUUUCUGGAUCAUUACCCCCACUUUUGAAGUUUCCUUUUAUGAAAUUACUAUUAUAGAUUUGAAUAUAUAUGAAAAGAACUAUAACACCAUAAUAAACAAUCUUGAUUAGCUAAUAAUCAUUAGCCGGUGGAAGGAUGCCGAAAUAUAAUUUCUGGAAAGACCGGACCCAAAUAUUUUUGAAGUUUUGUAUGCGGAUCUUCGGUAAAAAUAGUUGAGUAGCCCUGCUGUAACGUUACAUCUGACCAUGGUCAGACUUCUUCAGACAUACAUAGUUCAACUAUAACAAGAAAAACAGUUGCAUGAAUCAUUGCAUCAUUUUAUUUUGCUGCUAUUUGAGAAACAUUAGUCACUUAGGACAUUUUUAUUAAACUCGUUUCAUUUUGCUGCUAUGUUAAAUGCUUCUGAUAUUUUGUACGUUAAACACUGUUUUUAUACCAAAAUAUAUAAUAUAUUCUUUAAAAAA